UAAAUCUGCAGGAGUUGUUUCCUGUCUUGGGUGGUGGCUUCAAACUUUCUUACUCGCCUUCAUUCCUGUGUGCGGGAAUGAGAGGAGGAGGAAAAGUUAUUUUACAGAAGCGGCUUACCGUGCAGCUGUGACCGGUGUUGUUUGAAGCGGCGUCGUUCGUUUGAGGGGGUUUUCAUCAGUUUCGCGUGGAGGGAGAGCAAAUAUCGAGUAAAAGUCAUGCAGGCCAUCAAGUGUGUGGUCGUCGGUGACGGGGCUGUGGGUAAAACAUGUCUGCUGAUCAGCUACACAACCAAUGCGUUUCCCGGAGAGUACAUCCCCACAGUAUUUGAUAAUUAUUCGGCGAAUGUCAUGGUGGAUGGGAAACCGGUGAAUCUGGGUCUGUGGGAUACAGCAGGACAGGAGGAUUACGACAGACUUCGCCCUCUCUCGUACCCUCAGACGGACGUGUUCCUCAUCUGCUUCUCCCUUGUGAGUCCUGCCUCCUUCGAGAACGUCCGUGCAAAGUGGUAUCCAGAAGUGAGACAUCACUGUCAAACCACUCCAAUCAUCCUGGUGGGAACCAAGCUUGAUCUGAGAGACGACAAGGACACCAUUGAGAAGCUGAAGGAGAAGAAGCUCACUCCCAUCACCUACCCUCAGGGCCUGGCCAUGGCCAAAGAGAUCGGGGCAGUGAAGUAUCUGGAAUGCUCGGCACUCACACAGCGUGGCCUGAAGACGGUGUUUGACGAGGCCAUCCGGGCCGUACUAUGCCCUCCACCCGUCAAGAAGAGAAAGAGGAAAUGCUCUCUGCUGUAGUCUUGAGGAAACGCCGCUGUGAUCCAAACUGUAUUUCUAAGAGGAGAAGUGAGAAACGACACUACGGUUUCCUUUUUCACUUCCUUCACUGUAAUUAUACCAGUACAACUUUAUACCUUCACAAACAAAUGUUAUCGAUAGAUGUAGUAAGAAUUAUCCCCUUUGACAGACACUACAGGACGACCCGCGGCCUUUGACUAAUGGAUGUUAGCGUUUAGUUCUUGAAGAUGGUUCCUUCCAUUGAGAACGCACAAUGUUUGUUUACAGUCUUUGUUUGAAAGGAAUGAAGAUCUCGCCAAACAGCACUACAUUAGGAUGGGGCAGCAUCACGCGUACUGAUUUGUAACCCCUAAAGGGCAGCAAUCAUUUGGCAAACCAGAGCUAGCGGUUGAAGCCGGUGAGUUUUCAGUGAAGGCUUUUAUCUCACACCUGUCUCUUAAACAUGCGGUUCUGUUAAUGGAA